GACAUAUGACAGUUCUUGAGAAUGCAAAUGCAGGGGAUUUUAACGAUAUAGUCAAGUGUAAUAUUUUAAAAUCUAUGAUAGGUGAAAAAUAUGCUCCAGUAUCAUUUCAAAAUAAUUUUGUAAAUCCUGCACGGGAUACCAUUGGAAAUCAACAAUUAGCUAUUCAAAGAUUGACUCAGGAAAAAUAUCAGCCCUAUGACACUCCAGAUACCUAUGAAGCUAGAAUUCGACCAUUAAUAAUAAGAGUAGCAGACAAUGAUGUACAAGUUUUAGGAUUCCUAAAAAGCCAUUUGACAGUUUAUCAACAAUCUUCUUAUAACACCAAAAUAAUAGAAGUUCCUAUACCCGAUACACAAAAAAUGAUUGAUGAGGCAUUAGCGAAACAAAAAUCCAAUUAUGAUGCUGAGAUAGAAAAAUUGAGAAAGGAAGUUCAAUCCUCCAAAGCGCAGAAAACACAGGCACCAGUUCCACAAACCGUUGAACCGGUUAGACAACCAAGAGGCCCCCCAUCAAAUUUAAAAACGGAAGAAGAUUAUGGAAAAUAUUAUUUAUCUAAAUUCCUUAAUGAUUUAGGUAUAUAUAGUAAAGAAGAUUUAGAUUUAAAUUAUACUGAAAAACCUUUUCAAAGAACAAACCAAUUCACUAGAAUGGAUAGAAUAGAAUCAAAAGUAGACGAAAUUGGACAAAUGACAUCUCAAUUUGGAAAAAUGCUUUCACCAGUAAUGCAAAAAAUGUGCCAAUCUCAUACAGUUCAGAAGGAAGAAUCAGAUGAAUGGUUUUCAUCUCUACAAUAUCUGAAUGUUAGUAUAAACGAUUUAUCUAUUUCUGAAUCAUUCUUAGAUCCUGGAAGUAUCUCUAAAUAUAGCACUGAAUCAUUGGGAUGGUUUAUAGAUGUACCAGUCAGUAUAAAGGAUAAGGAUGGUAAAACUGUUACAGCUACUGGAAAUUUUACACGUAUUGAUAAUGGUGAACCUGAACUAAUGUUAUGUUUAAAUAUGACAUGGAUUUGA